AUCGCGUGACGGCGACGGCCGCGAACUGCUCGGCAAGAUGGCGGACGAGGAGGGCGAAGGGCUGCAGCGCUCGGAGCCGGCUCCGCACCGUAACGGGGGGGGCGGGCCCGGGCCGGGGGGGCCCCGCGUCGUCCGCAUCGUCAAGUCGGAGUCCGGCUACGGCUUCAACGUGCGGGGCCAAGUGAGCGAGGGCGGCCAGCUGCGGAGCAUCAACGGGGAGCUGUACGCGCCGCUGCAGCAUGUCAGCGCCGUGCUGGGCGGGGGGGCGGCCGACCGCGCCGGGGUGCGCAAGGGGGACCGCAUCCUGGAGGUGAAUGGCGUGAAUGUAGAAGGGGCAACGCACAAGCAGGUGGUGGACCUGAUUCGAGCGGGAGAGAAGGAGUUAAUACUGACAGUGUUAUCCGUUCCGCCCCAUGAGGCUGAUAACCUCGACCCCAGCGAUGACUCUUUGGGGCAGUCGUUCUAUGACUACACUGAAAAGCAAGCUGUGCCCAUCUCCAUCCCCACAUACAAACAUGUGGAGCAGAACGGCGAGAAGUUUGUGGUUUACAAUGUUUACAUGGCAGGGAGGCAGCUGUGUUCGAAGCGGUACCGGGAGUUUGCCAUCCUCCACCAGAACCUGAAGCGGGAGUUUGCCAAUUUCACCUUCCCACGCUUGCCGGGGAAAUGGCCUUUCUCUUUAUCAGAGCAGCAGUUGGAUGCCAGGCGCCGAGGGCUCGAGGAGUAUCUAGAGAAAGUGUGCUCCAUACGAGUUAUUGGGGAGAGCGACAUCAUGCAGGAGUUCUUAUCGGAAUCGGACGAGAAUUACAAUGGUGUGUCAGAUGUGGAACUAAGAGUAGCACUACCAGACACAACAACAGUAACAGUCAGGGUCAAAAAGAACAGCACUACAGACCAGGUGUAUCAGGCUGUGGCUGCUAAAGUAGGAAUGGACAGCACUACAGCAAACUACUUUGCCUUGUUUGAAGUGAUCAAUCACUCCUUUGUGCGUAAACUGGCGCCCAAUGAAUUCCCACACAAGCUGUACGUACAGAACUACACUUCGGCGGUGCCGGGGACUUGUCUGACUAUCAGGAAAUGGCUCUUCACUACAGAAGAGGAAGCCCUUCUGAAUGACAAUGACCUUGCAGUUACCUACUUCUUCCACCAGGCUGUGGAUGAUGUAAAGAAAGGUUGCAUCAAAGCCGAGGAAAAGUCCUACCAGUUACAGAAGCUGUCUGAGCAGAAAAAGAUGGUUAUGUAUUUAAACAUGCUGCGGACAUGUGAGGGUUACAAUGAGAUCAUCUUCCCCCACUGCUCCUGUGACUCCCGGCGAAAGGGUCAUGUGAUUACAGCCAUCAGCAUCAAGCACUUUAAACUCCAUGCCUGCACAGAGGAGGGUCAGCUAGAGAACCAGGUAAUAGCAUUUGAGUGGGACGAGAUGCAGCGGUGGGACACAGACGAAGAAGGAAUGGCAUUCUGUUUUGAAUAUGCACGAGGAGAGAAGAAACCUCGAUGGGUUAAAAUCUUCACCCCAUAUUUCAACUACAUGCACGAGUGCUUCGAGCGGGUGUUCUGUGAGCUCAAGUGGAGGAAGGAGGGCAUGAAGGACAGAGGCCAUAACAGGGACCCGAAGCAGUGCCGCAUGAAACUGAAGGAGCUGAGGCAAGCCUACCAGAAAACCAGAGAGGCGAACGGUCGCUCCGGGUCAGAGCCCCAAACAUGCCGCUUCUAUGAUGAGCGGCAUGCCAUUUUAGGGGGUUCAGCCACCACUACCCCAGCCGUGUUGUUUGACUCCUUCAAUGGAGAUGGAGGCAAUACGGAAGCAGGUUUUGGGGACGAAGAAGAUGAUGAUGAUGAGGUUGUAGAUAGCUCACAGCAAGCAAGUGGAGAAACCGGUUUUCCCAACAGCCAGGAACUGUUUCUCACCCUGGACCUGGAGCCAGUACCCCCCGAACCCACCCAAGGCUGCCUCCUGGACCCAGCAGGCGGAGAAGGGAACUCUGCUGCAUGCGUUUCAAUGAUCACAGGAUCUUCUCCUUCCCAGAGGCUAGUGAAGCUUAGAAAGAAAAAAAAACGCACUCGAGAUGAAAUGUUCUCCGAGCUCAUGCUGUCCUCCCGCACUGACAGAGCACAGAUGAAUGCGUGGAGGCAAAUAAUGUCAGAGUGCAGGAAAGCACAAAAUGACCGGGAGGAGAGGUGGCGGGCUGAAGACAGGGCUGAAGCUCAAAUGUGGUGGCAGCGUGAUGAGAGGAGGCAGGAUUCAAUGCUGAGGCUGCUGGAGGACCAAACCAGUAUGCUCCAGUGUAUGGUUGAGCUGCAGCAAAGGUGGAGGAGGAAGCGACAGACAAGCAUAACAAGAACUUCAGUAAAGACAAUAUGUGCAGCAAGAAUAUCUUUCAGAUGGCCAGAUCACAGCAGAGGGACGCCGCCACUUAGCCCCUCCUGUCGUGGAAGAACGUAAACCCCCCCAAAAUUAACACUUAAAAAAAGAUUUAAAAAAUUCUGUUAUUGUAUUAAAAGCCCUUAAACUAAAUAUUAUUAAUAACAAUACCAUUUGUGAAUUUCAUGGUUAUGGAAUUAAGCAACUAGGAAAAAACCAGCAGGCUUAUCAGAGUAACAAGAGGGGAAAACUUUUCAACAACAGACAAAAUCCACCCAAGGGUAUUCUGUUUUUCUUUUUUCGUUUCACUUGGGUCCUGCAUUGGAAGACGGACUGUGCUUAUAUUAUAUUUUUUACAACUGGAAAUAGAAAUGCCAUCCAUUUGCACUGUUCAGACAUAUAUAUGUAUGUAUGUAAAAAAAAAAAAAAAAAAGAAAGAAAAAAGAAAGAUAUAUAUACAGAAUACCCCACGUAUAUACAUAUAUAUCUAUAUAUUUCUUUUAAAAUUUCAUAUCAGCAGCAGUACCUUUUCUAAGCUUGCGUUUUUACACGCAUCUCUUUCCUCCGAAUCCAUCGUGUUUUUUUAAAAACUAACUUUAAUGGAAAAAAAAAAAAGAAAAAAAGUUACAUUACAGGGAAAUACCUCUCCUCUCAAAGGACCUUGACACGUUUACAGGCUUUUAAUUUUUUUUUCUUUUCAUUUUUCGCAAUGAACCUUUUUAAGAAGUGUGUAAAGCAGCUGGCUUCAGAGCUAGUGGGACAAGGAGAGAGGGGAUUUUGUUCACUGACGGUCUGAUCCUGCAUCCUUACCUUGGGUAGCAUUUUUAAAAUCAGUGGGGCUACUCACGGGUGUAAAUGUUCACGAAGGGUGUGAUGCUGUAAUUGAUGGGACUCUGUGACCGCUAUGGGUAGGAUGGAUUUUGAGUUGGAGUCUUCCCAUUGGCCUCAAUGGACUUUGGAUCAAAGCCCGAAGGAGCAAAAUUCACCUCUGUGCCAGAGCCAGAUUAAGGCCUAUUCUCAGUGUAAGGCCCGCUGCAGCCAUAGUUUGAAGGGUUAAGUGGAGCUGGGAUGGUGCAUAGUCCUUGGGCAGGCUCUCUGGUCCUCAGGCAGAGGUGUGAAAAGGAGAGCCCAAAGCAGAAUUAGCUCCAUCCAGCUUGGAGGGGAAGUGAGGCUCCAUCUGUGGCUUUCCUUACUCCUUGAUCAGAUCUCUUUGGGGCGGGGUGAGACUGAGCCCAGAGCUGUCGCAGCCAAAGAUCUGGUAUCUUCCUGAUGGGCUUUGGCUGCUCCUUGCAGCUUUCCAGGACAGAAGCAGCAUUGUUUGGGUGCCGUGCUGACGCCUGUAUUUCACUAGCAGUCGGUCGGCCCAGGCAGGGUGGGGGAGACGAGGUCUGGCAGUGCAGGGUGGCAUCCGCGAGGAGGGACGGGUUUUAAACAACCCUGUCUCUGUGAGAAUUUGAACUGUUCUAGCCAGCUAAGCAACAGCCUGGGUAAUUGCUCUCCUUUCCUGCAUGUGCCCUCCGCCUGCGCUUGAGCAGAGCUUAGUGUGGUGCCGCUUUCCAGCUUCUCCAAGCGCUUUUCAGUGCAAAGACUUUUCUGUAGGGGAGGGGGUUCUGGCCCUGUAUAGACCAAGGUGUUAUGCAUUCCUACUGCUUCAUCUCCCCCCGGCCCCAGGUAUGUGGUUCUAGGACUGGAUGUGGGGAGCCAGCUGCAGGUUGAAGGACCCAAGGAGGCAGCCGUAGGCUAGAGGACAUUUGAGGUUAGUUCGCUAGUGAGCGGUCAGGUCAUCCUUGUCGCCGCUCUGGCUGAUUUAUUGCCUCAACUGGUGUUUUGACAACUUCUUCCCGUGUUGAUCUAGGCUGGGGUCCCUGUGGAUCAUAGUGGUAACUCUUCACUCGCCCAUUCCAGCUAAUGGCAACGGUGCCCUUGCCAGUGACCUGAUCUGCUGAGUGUGGGGCCCAGCUGGCAUGGCAGCAGUACAGAGCUCUGCCCUGUUGUGGGACUCAGUGGUAUUGGGGGCCCUGCUCCUUGUCUUACCUUCUGGGCAGGCAGGGCCGGAGCACGGCACAUUCAACUCCAGGGUGGGUCAAAGGGAGAGGUCAAACAGGCCCACCUUUUGAUUCAGGAAGAACCUCAGAGGGAGCCUGGGGACCUUGAAGGCGAGAGGCUAGGGAGCGUGGGACUGAAUGAAUAGUCAGUGUAGACAGGAGGGGAAGAGGAGAGGGAAAUGGGAGCAAUGGAAUUGGCUUACCAUCUUCAGAAAGAAGUCUAGGACAAUUGGCAACUUUCCCCUGAGCUGGGUUGUCUGUUCCCUGUGCAUCUAAGAAGCUGCAAAGAAAGACUCAAAGCUGAAACAUGGGCAGGGCUUCCUGCUUGCUCUAACUCAAUAAACCUUUACCUUUAAGAAUCAAUCUCUUUAAUAAAGCAGGAUGACCCUUGAGGCUCGUGGUACCCAGCUUGCCACGUGUGGGAUCUGACGCUGCAUUUCAUGGCAUGAACCCAGUGUGGUCUGCCGGGAGGCUGCUUUAAACUGCGGGCCAGGAAAUGCUCUCUAAAGAUAGACCGUAUCCUUCCAGUCACAAGUCGAAGCGGGAGCAGCGUCAGCCAAGGAGAAACCUUGGCCUUGCACUUAGAAUCCAGUGUUCUGCUGGCCUCUACAUUUUUACUUACAAACUUUGUAUUUCUGGGUGUGAAUUAGGUAGCUUAGGUACACUAGUCUGAGUGAGUGCAAAGAAUUAAAGGCUGCAGUAGGAACUCUCUGCUUUAGAUCUUGAACCAAUUACGUGUCCCUUCUGCAAAGAAAACAAAUUGAGCCGAGGAAGCUGGGUGGCUGUAUAAGGGGCUUUAAUACGUUAAUCUGUUGGACGCCUUGGUGCACAGAAACCCGCCUCUUUUAAUUUGGUAUUGCUGGACGCAACCUAAGUAUCUGGGCCAACAGGUUAUGCAAACCAGCUUUUGUGCUCUGUAGAUGGUGUGAGGAAAGCAGCUUCUAAGUUUUCUCAGUCAGAACUGGAUUUGAAAUGCACCUGGCUCACUCAAAGCUAGAUGCUUAUUAAAAUAAGAAACUUUGUGGGGGUUAGUGCUUUUAGAAGCAGCUGAAGUCUACAUUCAGGGCAGCUGCGAAAGCAUUAUCAUUUAAAUAUAUGGAGUUAAAGUUUUUGCAAAUAUCCCUCUUACUUCCCACCUCCUUUCCUGCUCUGUGGCCUCUAGAUGCCCCAAGGCUUAAUUCCCUCACAUCCCUGAAUCAUUUAAUUUAACACAACCCAGGGGUCACCCAAUGAAAUUAAUAGGCGGCAGGUUUGAAACAAACAAAAGGAAGUAUUUCUUCACAUGAUGUGCAAUCAGCCUGCAAAACUCGUUGCCAGGGGAUGUUGUGAAGGCCAAAAGUGUAACUGGGUUCAAAAAAGAAUUAGAUAAGUUCCUGGAGGAUAGGUCCAUCCAUGGCUAUUAGCCAAGAUGGUCAGGGAUGCAACCUCAUGCUCUGGGUGUCCCUAAACUGCCAACUGCCAGAAGCUGCGACUGGAUGACAGGGGAUGGAUCACUCAAAAUUGUCCUGUUCAUUCCCUCUGAAGCAUAUGGCACUGGCUGCUGUCAGAGACAGGGUACUGGCUAGAUGGACCAUUGGUCUGACCCAGUGUGACUGUUCUUAUUUUCCAGUCCUGUGUACAGGGACAUAUUGCAUGUGAUGUAGGACCUACGUAGUGAUGGAAACACAAAAUACUGGUUGGAACAUGCAGUGAAUUAUUUUUCACACCAACUUUAGAUCUAAGCUGGUCAGAAACAGGGUGGGUUUGGGAAGCAAUAUUAGGUUUUCCCUGCAGUCCCAGGCUGCUAGUGGCUCUUUUGGGCCGCAAGAUUCUUCUCUUUGUUAUUUAAAAGAAACUUUUUGUAUACUAUAACACCUGUUACUCCAUGCAGCAGAGAGUCAUUUACAAUAUAGGGCAGCCCAAACCACUGGCCAUGGGCAGAUAAUCCAAAGUUUGGAGGUGUGUUUGAAACCUGUUCAGAUGGUGUGGGUGGGGAGGGACAGGUGCUGUUGGGUUAAGAAUGCUUGUGCCUUUCCAAAGUCACUCUCCCCUAAAGCAUCUUCCUGUAGGGCAGUGUUUGCGGUUUAGGCUGAGAGGGGUGUGCAGUUUGGGGUCUAUCUACCCAACUUCCUGCCCCUCAUUGGUGUUGGGAGCAGAAUUGGAAGGCUAUAAGAAAAGCUACCCACAAAAGGACCAUCCUCACCCUUCAUCAAAUUCCAUGGACCAUCCAGCCAUUCUUCGAUAAGUUAGCUUCCUUGUUUCCCUUGGUUAAUCCUUCUACUGCUAUAUUCCCCCCCCCCCCCCGAGGGAGACCUCUACCGCUGCCCAAUCAGAACACUGAACAGCUGUUGUUGUUGGACCCUGCUGUUACCUUUCCAGGCGGCUCUAUCAACCUCUGAUGGCAGGAAGGCAUUUUCGUCCUGCACAGACGGCCAGGUUGCCACGGCGCUAGGGAUCGUGUGCCCCUCUGCCAGUUCAGUAGUGGGCGGAUGGGCUGUCUUGCUGCAGUGUGAAUUCUCCAGCACAGGAGCCUUUCAGAGCUCUUGGAGAAGUCCCCUUCGGUGUGUGAGGCAGGCAACUUCUUCUGAUGGUUGGAGCAGGGCACUGGGAGUCAGGAGACCCGUGUUCUAUUUCUGAUUCUGCCACUGACUUCCCGAGUGACCUCGGGCUAGUCACUUCCCCGCUCCAUGCCUCAGUUUCCCCACCAGUAGAAUGAGGUGUUCGUACCCCUCUGUGUAAAGCACUUUAUGACCCUUGACUGGGAGGCACUAUCCAAGUGCGCAGCAUUAGCCUCUCCCAGUAAAUGACCCAAAGGACUGAAUAAGCUACUGGCAAUGUCUCCCGUGUGUAUGUAGAGACGAGAUUGUCUCAGAGCCCCAGUCUCAUCAGCAAUACCUUUCCUUCUGUUCUCAUCAGAACAGAUGGAAUGAUCUCAGCAGCAGUGUUAAGAGCCCCUCCCCGGUCUCUGUUUGUUGGGCUCGGCUACUCACAUGACUCAAGUCAUAGGAGUUCAACGGGUUUGUAUGUCACAGGAACAAGCACUGCUUUUGGGAGCCUCUGGGGGAUUCCAUGUUCCAGCAGAGAUCUGGGUUAGGGGGGAGGCUUGGAUCCAGAGAGCUCUGCAUGCACAGCCAGCUUUGCUUUGUUGACACUUCUCUGCACGCAACCAAGUACCUGGCUAGGGCUGAGGAGAGAACCCGAAAAGGCUGUUUGAGGGAUGCUAAGCUAGGCUAUUCCUCUGGACCAGCAGGAGUGGACGGUGGAGGUCAGACUUGCUCUGCAGUGUUAUGUGAGGAAUGCAGAUUCUGUGCAACUUGUAUUCUCCUAGUAUUAGCUCCCUUGGCAUCCAGUGUGGCCGUGAGCAUGUCUAGAUCUUUUCCUGCUGGGAAGGAAAUAAGGGAGCCCCAGAGAUCUGGAGCCACAUUUGGGCCUGGAGGACCAAUUAUUGGGGUUAUUGGGUGAAAUGUGCUAGCUGUGUCAUUGGACAGGAGCUGGUUUCCAUGCGUAGGAGGGGGCAGUUUUCACUGCACGGGUUCCCCAAAAAGGGAGCCCCCCCAAUGCUUAACUCUUUCAUUCCCCAAACACCUCCCCUGCCUGUAAUUUAUUCAGGAUCCAAGUCUCCCUUCCCUCAGUGUUGGGGUGCACCUUGAGAAGGUUUAACUUGCCUCUGCUUAUUCCCUAAAAUCCAGGGGUUGGGAGAAGGGAGAUCCCCAUAUUCUUUAUGACCCUUUUCACACAGGCAGUAGCUCUGUAAUCAGCCAUUGUGUUGCCAGGUUUCUCUCAGUCCACUGGAUUUAGGGAAGGAUUUGUGCCAAUACUCUUGAUUUUCCAUAGCUAAAGGAGCCGGAAAUCUCUUUGCAGCAGUAAGUUCUGCCGCAGGACCCAUGUAAAAAACAAAAAUGGAGCGAGAGCCAUAAACAUGAAAUUUCACUGCUGACUGAAGUAGGUCGACUUAAGAACUAGUAACCUCCUCCAGUUGACUUCUGUGCUGUGACAUUUAACCAUUGUUAGGUAUGUUGCUCAUUCUGUCUGUUUAGAGAACUAGAAAGCGAGCACCUUUGCUCAUGUCAGAGUGCCGGAUUUGGGGGCCUGAGGGGGAAGAACUGAAAUUUCCAUUCCCAUAGGACUGGUCCUGAAAUGCUGGGUUUUUUUGUCUGUGUGUUUAAAUUUUGAAAGAAACGGGUAAUCUCUGUCAAUUUCUCUUCCUUUUUUUUUUUUUUUUUUUAAAUCUUUGGCUGAUAUUUGUCCUAUUUUUGGUGCCAUCAGAAAUAAACAAUGAGGCUUUCUCUCUAUCUUAACGCAGGUCACUUUUUAAAAAGAGCCCCAGGGCAUAAAUGCAGCACCAGCCCUUCCAUUUCCAGGCUCUUUACUUUUCAGAUUUUUAAAAAAAAUCAAUUGAUAGGCUUUGGCAGCUCUGAUGUCAGAUCUAUAAGCCCGAGCACAAGUUAAAUAGGUCAGGUUGCACUUGGUAUAAUAACUGCUUUCCUCAAAUGCUCUCUGAAUUAAAUAGGUAGAAGAUGCAGCUGAUGAGGAAGCCUUAAUUAGACAAGAAAUAAACUUCUCAGCCCCCCUUCCUCCUCUGAUCCUGAUGGUUUGCAGUAAUGGCCAGAGCAAGGUAAUUGUUUCUUUGCUGUCUUGCAGAUUUUUCUUUUUUGCUCUGUUUUCUCCACAUUUAUACAGACCAGAUGAGGGAGAGAAUAUAUUUUAUUGGACCAGCUUCUGUUGGUUUCGAGCUUGCACAGAGCUCUACUUCAGGGUUGGGAAGCUAACUCAAAGCCAGAUGUAAGAGCUCUUGAUUUGAGUGGCUUAGAUGGCCAAGUGCUCUCUGGGAAAAUUACAUUUUUAUCUGUGCAAAAGCUUUUCACCCCCUGCAAACCAAAGUUGGUGAGUGAUGCAUUUAUAAAAACCAAUUGGUUUACAGAUUAUAACACACACACACACACACGCGCCUCUGGUUUGGAGGUGAAAUGUAUUAUUAAAGCUGAUGGCAGCCUAGCUCAUGGAGACAGUUCUAUUUUUCUAAACAAAUUUGUAUAAAGCCUCCACAGCCCUCGCACUUACUGAGUGAGCCUGGAUAUUUGGGGGAGCGGCAGGUGGUACGUUUUGCACCCAAGCAGGGUAUCCAAGAUGUAGUUGUCCUUCAGCGUGAGGCUCUUCUGCUUCCAGCUAACCCAUCAGAUUGCACUAAACCAGUUCAGCAGCCAGGUCGUUUGGACACAAUACAGCAGCUUCCCAUUAGCAGGAAGGCCCCUUGCUUGCUCCUGACACAUCCUUCUCCCUUCUGGUCUGCAGCACCAGGCCCUCUCCUCUUGUUCAUUCCUUGUGCGCUCCCCUGCUGACAGGUAGAGAGGCAGAAACUCUCUGGAACCUUACUGCUCCCAGCCUUUGGAGAGUCCCCACACCCCAGCCCAGUCUGCAUGCGAGAGACGCUAUCCUAUCCCCUUUCUAGAGGGAACUGUAUAAACCUGCAUUUCAAUAGAAGAUGUUACCACAGCUUCAGAAUUCAGCUUAGCAAGCACCCAGCUGCCGUGUCUGCUUUAUCCCUUGACCGUCUCCAGCCACCAUCCGUCUCUUCCUAGUUUAGAUUCCAGCUGCUCCAGCUUAGAAGUUCCCUGACCUGUUACCUUGCACCUCUUAGCCAGUUGUAACAAACCAACUGCCCUGUAGCCAAGGCCACAGACCAUUGUGUAUGAAUAAGUAGGCUGUUGCAUUGAGCUUUCGGGGGGGAGGGAAUCCGCAUCUCAGUGCCCCCAAUAGAUCCCUUCCUCAGCAUUUUAUACCUUUCCCUGGCAAUCCCUCUUCCACCCCAACCCUGGGUUGAAGCAUGUUAUACAAAGGUUUGUCCGUGGAAGGAAAGCAACAGAUAUAACAGCAAUAAUACAUCAGUCAGAGCUUUUGAUGUAAGGUGGGGGGGAGUGCCCCCUCCUGGGGGGAUGGGAGGGGGAUUGAACGGAUGCCUGCUACUAAAUUUACAGAAAUUUUGUAUCGUCCCCCCCACCCCCCGCUUUUUUUUUUUUUUUUUUGAGCCAGUAAAAUAACCCAGGUUUCAAUCCCGGGCACACUCGUUUUAAUUUAUUUGAGAGAACUCUAAUUGUAUUUUCACGGCAGUAUCUUGUAUUUUUUAUUUUUGUGAUUCAGAAAUGUGAAGAAGAAAACAAAACAAAAAACCGAUUGCUAACAGUGUUUCAUUCCUUGUUCUAUAGAGCUAAUCACUCUAAAAUUGUUUGGUAAAGUCACUUAGUGUAAUUAAUUGUAACAUAUUCUUUUAAAUAAAUUGAUUUAUUGAUGAAACUACUA